AAAGAGUAAGUUUAAGUGGAUUCAUCAGUAAAUUAAAAAAUCUUCUUCUAGAAGAAGCUUCUCUUCCAGUUGUAAUAUAGGGAAAAAACGAUUUAUUCUACAUCUCCAUAAUCCACUUUUUUAGCAGCUUCCACCCAUAAGUGGCAAGCAGUAAUGACAAGAAUGGUUUAUUAAGCAAAUGAUAACAAAGAUGUAUGAAGGUAUAUCAUGUUCAGACAGUGUGAAAUAACAAUUACUUUUAACCAACAUCUGAGAUCUUUCUGUGUAACUCAAUAUAAAAUGCAAGUUCUUUUAGCUACAUUUUCACUGACACAACUGAAAUUAUAUAACUUAAAUCUACUGAGGGUUUUGAUUUUUGAGAAAAAAUAUGAUGAAUUCAAAGCCACAAAACAUGAAGGGGUGAGGGAAUAGGAAUCUGAAACAGAUGGCAUCUCUUUUAAUUUUUUUUUCCCUGAGUCCAUCUUGAACACAAUCUCAAUAAUGUCAAAAUCCAAUAUAGCUCUCCAAAUAAUUAACCUACAAAACAUAAAAUGCUAAUUCUGAAGUAAAUUCAUUCUUUUUUUUCUUCCCAGCUUCUAUAUUGGGCAGAAAUGAGUAGAGACAAGUUAGAUGUUAAAUAGAGAAAAACUAUCAUUCCACAAAUUCUAAAGUUCUUUCAUGAAAACCUACUUUCAGUUUUCUGAAGCCACUGAAGCAGUUUCUAUCAAGACUGGUGAGAAUAAAGUCUGUCUAUGAUAUCAGCUUUUUUUUCUGGAUACGAUGAUUAUUUAUCUUUACUAGAGACCAAAUCAUAGCUCCAAAAAGAAAUAAGCUCUAAAAUAGAAACAAGCUCUGGAAGAAUACUCAUUUGAUUUGAGUAAAGCAUUGCCUGGCAUUUCUGAAACAUUUCCACAGUAAUUCACUUCUGGUUUGGCAAUACCAAUAAAGUUAACUGUACUUUGUUCAUUAUAUAUGCUAGUAUGCUAUAUAAACCUUCCCAAUCUUUCCUAAGGCUUUCUGAGAUCAUCCAAGAGACAGACGUUAAAGGAAGGUUUAGUCAUUUUUAGAUUUCCUGACAAGCAAAUUCCAUAACUGACAACUGCAAAGAUUCGUGGAAUGGCCACAUACGUUGUUUAAGUGGAAAAGGUCAUUGAGAAAAGUAUCAUAUGUAACAGUCUCUAUUACUGCCCACAUUUCUGAUAUAUCUUUUAACAGCUAGUAUCCUAUGUCUUACACCAAAAUAAAUUACUUAAGUUUUAUGAGAAGAUAGAGGAAAAAAUGAGAGCUUCUCAUGGCUUUACCAAAGCAAUAUAAUAUGGUCUCAACUUUAAGAUUCAAAAGAUGUUGAAAAAUAAUGAUCCAGGAAAACCGUUAAAUGCUUACAUAUAAAGACUUUACAAUCUCAGAAAAGCCAUUUGAAAGUUGAAUAACCUUAUAAAAAGUCUACGACUAUAGUAAAAACAUAAUUUCAAUUCUUUAAAAAAUAGUAUAAGUAUAUCAUCAAUAAUUUAAAAUAUAUCCAUCCAGUUAUCAAUUUGACCAAUAUCUAUUAGGUGCCUAUUAUGUAGCUGCAGUGAUGGAUAAAAUUUAAAACAGUAUUUCUACCUCAAUGAGUAUGCAACAUAGCUGGACAGUUUUAUUUAAAAAAAAAAAGUUCAACUUUGUUUAAGAAAAACACAAAGGCUGUCACCGCCGCGACCAAGAUGGCUGAGAGAGUCGCAGCCUUCCUCAAGAAUGUCUGGGCCAAGGAACUGGUGCUAGUGGCAUCCUUCGCCAUUGUGGGCCUCGCUGUAAUCCUGCCCACACUCAGCCCCUACACCAAGUACCCGCUCAUGAUCAACCGGGCCACACCCUGCAACUACCCAGUGCCCCUCCAAGACGACGGGAACAUGCCCGACGUGCCCAGCCACCCCCAGGACCCCCAGGGACCGAGCCUGAAGAGACUGUGA